GGUCUCCACUCCCUGCGAUACUUCCACAUUGCGGUGACAGAGCCCAGCACAGGGGUUCCCCAGUUCAUGUCUGUGGGGUACGUGGACGGGAACCUCAUCUCGUGCUACGACAGUGAUACGGGCAGAGCAGAGCCCCGGGAAGACUGGAUGGCAGCCAGCCUGGGUCAGGAGCACUGGGACAGACAGACCCGGAUCGGACAGAACAAUCAUCAGGUUUAUCACGUGAGCCUGGACAUAGUGCGUGGCCGCUACAACCAGAGCAGGG